CCGCUUCCUUCGCGCGGGCGGGCCGGGGCCGCUGAGUCCGCUGCUGCUGCCCGGCCGCGGCCAUGGAGCAGGACCAGAGCGCGAGCUGCGAGAGCCUCGGCCCCGCGCCGGUCCCCGUGCGGCCGCCCAGCGCCGAGUCGCUGUCCAGCGCUUCUACCUCGCCCUCAGAGAGCUCCGUGCGUACCAAGUCGGCUUCCGUGGUGUCUUCGGACUCCCUGGCCACGUCUGCAGACAACUUUUCUCCCGACCUGCAGGUCCUGAGGGAGUCCAAUAAGCUGGCGGAGAUGGAGGAGCCGCCCUUGCUGCCCGGAGAGAGCAUCAAGGACAUGGCCAAAGAUGUCACGUACAUCUGCCCGUUCACGGGGGCCGUGCGAGGGACCCUAACUGUCACCAACUACAGGCUGUACUUCAAGAGCGUGGACCGGGAUCCCCCAUUUGUUCUGGAUGCUUCCCUCGGGGUGAUAAGCAGAGUGGAGAAGAUCGGUGGCGCUUCCAGCCGUGGUGAGAACUCGUACGGACUGGAGACGGCGUGCAAGGACAUCCGGAACUUGCGCUUCGCUCACAAGCCCGAAGGCCGCACCCGGAGGUCUGUGUUCGAGAACCUGAUGAAAUAUGCAUUUCCCGUCUCCAACAACCUGCCUCUGUUUGCAUUUGAGUACAAAGAAGAGUUCCCAGAGAAUGGCUGGCAGCUCUACGACCCCCUCACUGAGUACCGGAGGCUGGGAAUCCCCAACGAAAGCUGGAGGAUCACGAAGAUCAACGAGCGCUACGAGCUCUGUGACACGUACCCUGCUCUCCUCGUGGUCCCCGCCAACAUUCCUGACGAAGAGUUGAAGAGAGUGGCAGCCUUCCGCUCCCGAGGCCGCAUCCCGGUUCUCUCCUGGAUCCACCCCGAGAGCCAGGCCACCAUCACUCGCUGCAGCCAGCCUCUGGUGGGUGUAAGCGGCAAGCGGAGCAAGGACGACGAGAAGUACCUGCAGGCCAUCAUGGACUCCAACGCCCAAGCCCACAAGAUCUUCAUCUUCGACGCACGGCCCAGCGUCAAUGCUGUGGCCAACAAGGCCAAGGGCGGUGGCUAUGAGAGCGAGGACGCAUACCAGAACGCGGAGCUGGUGUUUCUGGACAUCCACAACAUCCAUGUGAUGCGGGAGUCCCUGCGGAAGCUUCGGGAAGUGGUCUACCCCAGCAUCGAGGAGGCGCACUGGCUUUCCAACCUGGAGUCCACCCAUUGGCUGGAGCAUAUCAAGCUGAUUCUGGCGGGGGCACUGCGCAUCGCAGACAGGGUGGAGUCGGGGAAGACGUCGGUGGUGGUGCACUGCAGCGACGGCUGGGACCGCACAGCUCAGCUCACCUCCCUCGCCAUGCUCAUGCUGGACGGCUACUACCGCACCGUGCGGGGCUUCCAGGUCCUUGUGGAGAAGGAGUGGCUGAGCUUCGGGCAUCGCUUCCAGCUGAGACUUGGCCAUGGAGAUAAGAACCAUGCAGAUGCAGACAGGUCGCCCGUCUUCCUUCAGUUCAUCGACUGCGUCUGGCAGAUGACGAGACAGUUUCCCACCGCAUUUGAGUUCAACGAAUAUUUUCUUAUUACCAUUUUGGACCACCUAUAUAGCUGCUUAUUUGGAACAUUCCUUUGUAACAGUGAACAACAGAGAGGAAAAGAGAAUCUUCCCAAGAGGACUGUGUCACUGUGGUCCUACAUGAACAGCCAGCUGGAAGACUUCACCAAUCCUCUGUACGGGAGCUACUCCAAUCACGUUCUGUACCCUGUAGCCAGCAUGCGCCACCUGGAGCUCUGGGUGGGCUAUUAUGUGAGGUGGAACCCGCGGAUGAAACCACAGGAACCCAUUCACAACAGAUACAAAGAACUUCUUGCGAAGCGAGCAGAGCUCCAGAAGAAAGUGGAGGAACUACAGAGGGAGAUCUCCAACCGCUCCACCUCGUCCUCCGAGAGGGCCAGCCCCCCCGCGCAGUGUGUCACGCCUGUGCAGACUGUGGUCUGAAGCAUACUGGGGACACUGCCAGACCCGACUGGCCGCAAGGGCAGCUUCAUUCAGCCCGAGACUGAGACCCGGUUCACGUCUGUAUUUAUUUCUAACCUACUUCUAAUCUACUAUCCGUUUAGAGUGAUAGUGGUGCCCGUGUGUACUCGAAUAGGACACUAAUCGUCUAAGUCUCCCCCUCCCCCCAAAGACUAUUAAAACCCUGGGACCAUGAGGAAA